AUGAAGUUCAAAGAAGGGAAUUUGGUGGAGGUUUUAAGAAGAGAACAUGAGCCAUGUGGCUCAUGGUUUCCUGGCAGUGUAGUUUCAGCCCGUGGCAAUUAUUGUAAAAUUAGGUAUGAAUCAUUUUCAGACAACAAGGGGGAGCCAGUCAUGGAGAAGGUGCAUAAGGAGGAUGUCAGGCCUCAGCCUCCUCAUAAACAGAGGAAAAGAUGGAUGGUUGGUGAUGUUGCUGAGAUAUUUGAUUUUCAAUGUUGGAGAGAAGGAAAAAUUGCAAAGGUGUUGAAGAAUAACCUUUUUGUUGUGAGACUGUUCGGAUCCAUUCAACUUAAAGAAUUUCACGAAUCAAAUAUAAGGAUUCAGCAGGCUUGGCAUAACAAUAAUUGGUCGGUGAUAGGAAAGGUUGCUCAAAAUAAAGAAUAUACCAAAAAUUGUACCAAAAAGAGGUCGAAGUAUUCUGGUAGCUUCAUGCGAAGGGCUCCAGUACCAGUGGUGAGCAAAUAUUCAUGCUUACGAGAGAAAGAUGGACAGAAACACCUCAAGGAUGGGCACAAUAACGUCAAAAUGGGUCUCUAUCAGCCCCAUCUUGAGAGAUCUUCCAAGGACCUGGUUUCUUGUGUGGGAGGAUGCCACAAGCAACUUGUAAGGAAUCUUCCUUCGUUUAAGAGGAAAGAUAGCAUAUCUUCUGAAAAAUUAAGAGCGGAUGAGAAAUCUAAGGGAUCUGGUGAGAUGAAUACCAAUGUGGUAAAAGCAACUGCUAAGUGUUUAUUUACUUCUUCCAGGCCUCUUUUGACUGAAGAUAGCAACCAAAGUUCUGUUGCUAGCUGUAGUUCUACAGGCGUUGCCAACUCCUUCAAUCAUAAUUUCCAGACACCAUUGGAUAACACAUCCCAUAACUCAGAUGCCGAGUCAUCAUUUCUUUCCUUCUCUGUCUUCAAGCAUUUAACUCCUCAUUUUGAACAAAAGCUAGAAGCUGAAAUCCAUGAACUAGAGUUUCAUGCUUAUAGGUCAACUGUGCAAGCAUUGCAUGCUUCAGGUCCUUUAAGUUGGGAGCAAGAGUCACUUCUAACAAAUCUUCGCCUAUCCCUUCACAUUUCAGACGAGGAACACCUUCUCCAUCUGAGGCAACUAUUGUCCUCUCAAGUUUUGUAA